CGCCUUGGUCACGUGGUCGCCUGAGCGCCGCGUUCUUGUGAUUGGGUGUCUCGCACGUGACGUCACUACGCGCUGGGCUAUGGCGGCCGCCGAGAUGUGGUCGCUGUUGCUGCUGCUGCUGGGGCGGACGGCGCUUGGGGACGCGAGCAUGAAGGUGAACCCUGUGAUCGUUGAGGAGCAGCUGCUGUGGCAGAGUAAAGACACGGGGGAGGUGAACACGUUUCGAAUUCCCAUCAUCACCGACACACCCAGGGGAAACCUCAUCGCCGCGGUAGAGGCGCGCAAAGCCUCAGGUGCGGACGUGGGAGCCAAGUUUAUCGCAAUUCGUCGCUCCACCGACAAGGGUUUUACCUGGAGUCCCUCGCAGUUCGUAGCGGACGAUGGCACGGCAGCCGACGGCCUCAACCUGGGUGCCGUGGUGGCGGACCACGAGGAAGGGCUGCUCUUUAUCAUGUAUGUGCUGUGCGCUCACUACUACAAUUGCGGAGUCUCCAGCACCAUGCUCAUCAGCAGUGCCGACGACGGCAUCACCUGGAGCAAACCCAUCAACAUCUCCAGCCAGAUCGGCACCAAGAUGUUUGCCCCGGGUCCAGGCUAUGGGAUACAGAAAAGGUUUGAGCCCAAGAAGGGCCGCCUGGUGGUGUGUGGGCACGGCACGCUGGCAGGGGACGGCGUCUUCUGCCUGCUGAGCGACGACCACGGAAAAUCGUGGCAUUACGGAGGUGACAUGAAGAGCAUUCCCUACAACCAGGACAAGGUGGCCGGGGACUUCAAUCCUGACGAAUGCCAGCCGUACGAGCUGCCGGACGGCUCUGUGGUGGUGAACGCGCGCAACCAGAACUACUACCACUGCCGCUGCCGCAUUGUCAUCCGAAGCUACGACGCGUGUGAGACGUUUCCCGUGGAGCACCUGUACUUCGACGAGUCGCUCAUCGACCCCGCCGUGGCCGCCGGAGCCAUCAUCAAGAACGAGGUCGUCUUCUUCAGCAAUCCUGCCAGCCAGAACAAGCGGGUCAACCUGACCCUGCGCUGGAGCUAUGACAAUGGCACCACGUGGCCGGACUCUCUGCUCAUCUGGCCGGGCCCCAGCGGCUACUCGGUGAUGACCAAGCUGGAACGCGACAUCGAGGACGGCCGCUACAUCUUCGUGGUAUAUGAGAAAGGACGCCUCGACAUCACCGAGUCUAUCUCCUUCGUCAAAGUGCAGCUUUACAACGACAACUUAUGACCAUUUGCCGACUUGUUCUCACUUACCCGCCGGUGAUUUUUUUCUUUCUCAAAUUGUAUAAAUAUUCUGGUGUAAGUAUAUUAUGAAAUUAUUCCCAAAAACCUGCUUAAUUUUCUGAGACGACUGGGGCGGUUAAAUAAUUUUGUGAGGUGCUAAGCGGUGAUGUAAAUUUUAUAUUUUUUUACAAAAAAAUCUUUACGUAAUUAAUAUUACUGAUCCAGUUCGUGGCAUCGCGAGACCAUGAAGAACGGUGUUGACGAGGCCUUCGUCCAGCACUGAAUGGAUCGUGGCUGAUGAUAGCGGUGAAAUGUAUACUUUGAAACUAGAGAAAUCUGGGUGGUUCAGAGCGCCAGAGUCCUGAUUUCAAGCCUGAGUUCCAGGCACUCGUGGUUAAACCAGGUUCUCAAGUGUAGCGAAUUUCAUUUUCUCAGCCUGGUCACCAUUGACUGCACAAUAGACCAUCACGUUCAAUUUCUGUUUGCACUAAAAUUUGAUUCAUAAUUAGGUUGUCGAGGUAAGGGCAUGUAAAAAUGUAUCGUUCAACCCGUUACGGCCAAUCUUGUGAACGUGUCAAAUGUAUUACUGCUUGAGCAUAUCGAUAAGUUGAAGCGUUUCGGGUGUAGGAGGGUUUACGACACAUCUUUUACAUGACCUAACUCAAAAAUCCAUUAUGCAUUGUAACAAUUGGUCGUGAAAGUCGACUUAUAUGUGUACAAAAUAUUCCGUCAAAUUUGUCUUACGUUCUAGCCGAUAACUAAAAAUAUCAGUUUGACUCAUGCAACUAACAUUUCACUCUGCAGCAGGGCAGAUGGCAAAGUGCUGCCCCUUCUUGUGAAGCGGAGGUCACGUAAAGGGAGUCUUUUUUUCACAUAGUUCUCGGAUACCUCUUUCCACGGACCGUUCUCUAGUACGGGACGAAGCACCGUUCUGCCAGUUCCGAAUGGAUUCAUCUCAUGACAGCAAGAGCACUUGACAUAAAAUAUAUGGGAAAAGUGAGUUUUAUUAAAUUAUGUAGCUAAGUUUCUCAUUUGCACCAAUACGAAUUCCUAUAUAAAAUAGUCUUGUACUUGGCAAAUCUGUCACUAUGCACUUUGAAACGAUACAUUGAAUCACGUGUUGAGUGAUUUAUAAUGUUAGAUACAUUUGAAUUAUACUUGUAAUGACUGUAGGUUUGAAUGUCCUGCAAAAUUGAAUUGAACCACAGAAUUUCAAAAUCUUGACUUUCAAGAGUUUUUGCACAUCACAUUCUAUGGCUGAAUGCCAACACUCCAGACACAGCUACUUGGAGGAAAUGUAAAUUUUGUGUUUCCACCCUAGGAAUCAUCAUGAAACGACGAGUUUCGAGAGAUUUAACGCACGUUAAGUUUUUCGCAGCCGCGUGUAAUCCCCGCGUGGUGUUCCUGGUUCGGGCCGCAUUCCGGGUUUUUCCCUCGAGCUUUGGCCACGUGCUGCUGUGGGCAAAUUCAAAAGUUGAUCGGACUCCCUGGAUUUUAUUCUGACUGGGCAACAGUUUCAAGGGAAACGUCAAAUUUAUAAUAGCUAUAUUUGGCUCCUGACAAUUGUUCAAAUUAUCGGUGAGCUGAAACAUUUAUCAUUGGCACGUGAAACGCUUGUGCAAGUGACAAUUUAAUGUAUGAUUCCAUAGUUGAAUUUCCCGCAUUAGCUCGGAGGAGGUUGUCCUCCGGGUCAUUCCCAUUGAGCGUGUGUGUGUGCAGGAUUUCCCUCCUGAGUGUACCUGGCACGUGCCACUGCAGCUUUACCAAUUUCACUCCACCGAUGUGCUGCCAACAGCUCCCUCCAACUGUGGGACCUCGCCUCGUUUAGCAACCACCGCCGUGCAGCCAGGACGCUCUCGCUGCACCCAUUGCACACUUCCUAUGGGUUGGAGUGAACAUUCCUCGUGUCGAUGAGCUUGCAACUCGAAGAUAUCUCGGUAGUCACCAUCAUGAGUGCCGCGCUGGCGAGAUGUCAUCUCCCUCGUAUGGUAUAAGGAGGUCAUGGAUUCGAUCCCGACCCUGAUGCCUCCUGCUGUAUUUUUGGAGUGUGCAUGUUCUCCCUGUGGUCGCGUGGAUUUUUCUCCUGGUCCCCUGGUUUUUUUCCCUCCACGUUUAGAAUCUUCGUGCGUUUCGAUUAUUCAGCGGCUAUAAAUUUCCACGUGAUAAGU